AUGAAGAUCCAGAUCGUUUCAGACCUUCAUCUAGAAUCUCCUGCCGCGUAUGAUGUCUUCGAAAUCACCCCCAAGGCGCCAUAUUUAGCGCUACUAGGCGAUAUCGGCUAUGCCAAAGACGCGGGGCUGUUUGACUUCCUCCGCAAACAAUUGGAAGCAUUCCGGGUUGUUUUGUUUGUAUCGGGUAAUCACGAAGCGUAUCACAGCAGCUGGCCGGAGACAAAGUCUGCGCUCGUCCAGCUCAAAAAGAGAGUGGACGACGCUCGAGGACGCGAUGAAGCGCUCGGUGAACUUGUCGUUUUGGACCAAGCCCGUCACGACAUCUCACCAACCACCACCAUCCUUGGAUGUACUCUGUUUUCGCACGUGGCCGAAGCACACAAGCAAAACGUCAGUCUCGGUAUGAAUGACUUCUACCUCAUCGAUGAUUGGACAGUCGAAACCCAUCAAGAAGCGCACGCUGCCGAUGUAGCGUGGCUGAACGAGCAGGUUGAUCAUAUUUCGCGCUCCGAGCCCGAGCGGAAAAUAGUCGUGUUUACUCAUUACUGUCCAUCAACCGAUGAUAAGGUUGUCGACCCGAAACAUGCUAACACCAAAAUCAUGUCGGCGUUCAUGAGCGACCUCUCUACCGAGCCGUGUUGGGAAAAUCCGGCCGUCAAACUCUGGGCUUUUGGUCAUACACAUUAUAACUGUGACUUCCAAGACUCGAAAACCGGGAAAGUAGUGACCUCAAACCAAAGAGGAUAUUAUUUUGCUCAGUCGGAAGGGUUUGAUUGUGAAAAGACCUUUGAAGUGUAG